AUGGACGGCUCUGGGCCAACCUCUGGCCACGCCCCUCUUGCCAAGAACGUGUCCAACGUGACCGGCUGUGACCUGGACUUCGACGCUGACCAGACCUUUCUCAAGGUCCUGUAUGGCUGCGUCUUCUGCGUGGGGCUGCCCACCAACUGCCUGGCCCUGUACGGGCUGUACCGCCUGGUCAAAGCCAACUACACCCUCCCAGUGUACAUCAUCAACCUCCUGCUGGCUGACCUCCUCCACAUCGCCUUCCUGCCCCUCUGGAUCGACUACUACCACAGCGGCCACAUCUGGCGUUUCGGGACCGUGGUGUGCGCCGUGGCUAGCUGCGUGUUCGGCAUCACCAUGUUCUGCAGCAUCGUCUUCAUGUGCUGCAUCAUGUCCGAGCGGUACCUGGCCAUCGUCCACCCGCUGUGGUUCCAGAGCCACCGCCGGCUGAGGAACACGUGCCUGCUGGCCGCGGCAGUGUGGGUGGUCAGCGUGCUGGCCAUCGGCUGGGGGUACGUGCUGGGUUACGAGAAGGUGGAGGAUGGCCGGUGCCUGGAGCAGUACCCCCGCAACUCGGGGUUUGUGGUCUUCGUCCUGGUGCUGCUCCCCCUCGUCUUCGUGCCCCCGCCAUUGUUCUUCCUCUUCGUCCUGGUCCGCGUCUGGCGCUCCCUCGGCAAGGCCAUCUUCAUGUCCGCCGCCGAAAAGCGCCGCACGGUCGGCCUGCUGCUGGCCGUCGUGAUGAUCUUCGCCUUCCUCUUCGGGCCCUACCAGAUCGUGGUCUUCACUCUGUACGCGGGGGCGGCCCUGGCGACGGACAAGUGCGACUUCGAGGCCAAAAUGUUCAUCACCUACAAGGUGACGUUCGGACUGCUGAGCCUAAACACUGCGGCCGACCCCAUCCUGUACAUUUUCCUCCGCGGUGACGUGAGGGAAACACUGCUCAACUUCCCCCGCUGCCGGGGGCUGAUGAGCCGAAUGAGCCGCAGGAGUACCCCCAGGGUUCAUCGGGAAGGAGGAGGGACCAUCCCAACACUGCCGCAACCUGUGUCCCAAGAAUGA